AUGGUGCGGGCAGCCCCGGCCGUGGUGGGGCGCUGCCUCGGCGGGGGCGGGCGGAGGGUGCCGUGUCCCCCCCUCGUCCCCUCCUCUCCGCGGCCAUUUAGGAACGGCACGGGAGCCAAUGGGAGGCCCGCGGCGGCGUCUCCACCGUGACGGCCGAGAUUGACGUGUUUCCCACGUCAAAUUGAUCCCAAGUAGCGGCGGGGGCUCCCCGCGAGCGGGGAACCGGCCCGGCGCCGCCAGGACACCCCCGCCGCCGGCUCCCGCCCAGCCGGCCCGCCCUCCGCCGCUCCCCGGGCCCUCUAUGCCGGGCCGGCGGCGGCCGGGGCUGGGGCUGCGGCGCUCCCCCGGCGCCGGGCGAUGGAGCACACCUACGGGGAGGUGAACCAGCUGGGCGGCGUCUUCGUGAACGGGCGGCCGCUGCCCAACGCCAUCCGGCUGCGGAUCGUGGAGCUGGCCCAGCUGGGCAUCCGGCCCUGCGACAUCAGCCGCCAGCUCCGCGUCUCGCACGGCUGCGUCAGCAAGAUCCUGGCCCGUUACAACGAGACCGGCUCCAUCCUGCCCGGGGCCAUCGGCGGCAGCAAACCGCGGGUCACCACCCCCAACGUGGUGAAGCACAUCCGAGACUACAAGCAGGGCGACCCCGGCAUCUUCGCCUGGGAGAUCCGCGACCGGCUGCUGGCGGACGGAGUGUGCGACAAGUACAACGUGCCCUCGGUCAGCUCCAUCAGCAGGAUCCUGCGCAACAAAAUCGGCAGCCUCUCCCAGCCCGGCCCCUACGACGGCGGCAAGCAGCCGCCCCCCCAGCCCGCCUUGCCCUACAACCACAUCUACCAGUACCCCUACCCCAGCCCCAUGGCCUCGCCGGCCGCCAAGAUGGGGGGACACCCCGGGGGACCCGUGACGGCCGCCCACGUCAGCCUGCCCCGCUCCUGGCCCUCGGCGCACUCCGUCACCAACAUCCUGGGCAUCCGCACCUUCGUGGAGCAGACGGGGGCUCUGGCUGGCACAGAGGGGUCUGCCUACCCCCCCAAAAUGGAAGACUGGCCCAGCGUGAACAGGACGGCCUUUCCUCCGGCCCAGGCGGUCAACGGCAUCGACAAGGCUGCCAUGGAAGGAGAUAUCAAAUACCCGCAGCCCGCCCCGGCGCUCUCCUCGGUGGGCAGCUUCCUCCCGACCUGCGCCUACCCCCCCUCCAACCAGCACGGCGUCUACGGGGGGGCGGCCGGCGGCUACAUCCCCCCGGGCCACCCCUGGCAGCCCCAGGGCAGCCCCUUGGGCCACCACGGGCCCGGCGUGACGGUGCACGGCGGCGACCUGGCCACGGCGAUGGCGUUCAAGCAGCCCGGCAGGGAAGUGGUGGACAGAAAACCCAGCAGCCCCGUGGGGAAAUCUCCAGACCCUCUGAACGCCAUCCAUGGACUCUCUAUCCCAGCCUCCUCGUCCUAGAGCCACUGAGCAGCCGGCCAGAGACAGUGACUCUUGGAAACAGCACCUGCAAACUGUACCCGAAGCCCAACAUGCCACCAAACUGUACCCAAAGUGCUGCCACCCACGGCAGGUGCCUGUGAGGAUGAGGAGAGACCCUGGGUGGCGAGAGGUGACAUCCCGCCACGGCAAAUCCCUGCGCAGCGGAGUGCGGUUGGGACGUUCUCUUGCGCUGCUAAGAGGGACACUUCACCGAAGGGGCGACAGAAGAGACUCAGUCUUCUUUAUUUUGCCUUUUAUUUCUCCCUUGCUUUCAUUUUUUUGUUCUCCUUCCUGUGUCCCCAUGACGGUUGGAUGCAGGGCAUUGCUCAGCGUGUCCCUGCCUCCGUCUCAGCCCAGGGGGACACGUUUCCUCGGGGGGUUCUGGCUGGCCCCACAACAGCAGUGCCAUGGAGGCCUCUGCCCUGCACUGGGAAUGGACAAAUGUGCCACGACAUUUUACGAUCUAUUUUUAUAAUGACAAACCUUAAUAAAAAGUGUCUGUUGUGGGCA